AUGCACCGCACCGUCAGCUGCGACUACGCUGUCGUGAUCUUUGGCGAGCUGGAGUGUCUGUUGGAUUCGGGCGAGACACGGACGCUGUGCCAGGGCGACGUGCUUAUUCAAAGGGGGACGAUGCAUAAAUGGAUCAAUCACAGUGACGCCUGGGCGCGCAUGGUAUAUGUCCUGCUUGAUGCUGAGGAGGUGGAGGUAAACGGGCAGCGACUGGGCGAGGAGCUCGGCGGGAUGGAAGGCGUGCCUAAUUCUCACUAA